CACGUGUGAGUAUACACAGCUGUUUGACCAAGAGCAUAGAAAAGGGUAAAUUGUUUUAUUGAAAAACACUUGAGCAAAAUGUCGUCGGCCAGCAAGCGUAAGAAUCUGAAUAAGAUGGAGGUAGAUGAAAAGGAUGACGAGUCGAGCUCCAGUGACGAGGAUUUAGACGGAAUAAAUCCAGACGCCUACACUGGCAACGAGGAGGUGCAAAUUGAUUUCGAGGGUCGUACACCCGUGGAUCCCGAUACCCAGGGAAUCUCUCAGCUGUUGCAGCGUCUCUUCCUGCGGGCCCACAUCAACUGCAAUCAGAUGGCGGAUUUGAUUAUAGCUCAAAACAAUGUGGGCAGUGUAAUCUGCCAGGUCGACGAUGACGAAAUUGAGAGCGAAACGGAUGACAUGGUGGAAGAGGGCACUGUCUUUGGCAUCACUUCCGUGCUGAAUCUGUCGGCCAAGAAGGACCAGCCAAGCGUCAGUCAGCUGCGCACGUAUUUGCUUGACCGCGCCAAGUCUCAUGCCCCGGAGCCAGUUCUGGAGCAGCUGAGCAAUCUGCUGGACAUCGAAGAACCGCCCCAUUUGGGUUUCCUGAUCAACGAACGCUUCAUCAACAUACCCGCACAGAUCUGCGUGCCGCUGUUCGAGAAUCUGAAGAUGGAAAUUGACUUUGCCAAGACCAAAAAAAUGAAAUUCAAUUUCGGAAUAUUGCUGCUCCUCGUCAAGUUCUAUCGCAAGGAGGCCAAGAAAGGCCAGCCUGCCGAGGACAAUUACACCAAUGCCGAAGACGAGCUGCUCUCGGAGCGGGCCAAGUUCUCCUUUGAGUGGUCUGUGGCCUCCGAAUGCGAUUCCGGCAUGGCCGGAAACUGGCUGGAGGGCGAUGCAGUGAUGACGCCAUACAGAAAGCUUUUGGCACUGGAUGCCAAGCAGUUCCCGCAGUUGAUUAAGGACAUAAAAGGCUACAUAAAUAAUGAAUAAAUGUAGAAUUUAUAAU